GGCGGCGGUUGCUAAGCGCUGGCCUUUACUGGGCGCUGGCGGCGGUUGCUAAGCGCUGGCCUUUACUGGGCGCUGGCGGCGGUUGCUAAGCGCUGGCCUUUACUGGGCGCUGGCGGCGGUUGCUAAGCGCUGGUCGACGGCCUUUGCUGGCAAUGGCGGACGGUGGCACCGCGAUGAGGAGUUGCAAUCCGCAUGGAGACUCUGCUCUCGUCUCUUCCUGCUUCAAGACUCCUGUGAGCCCGCAGACCAGAAUACCCAGUACCUUUCACGGCAGAGAGGAGGCCAUGGCCGGACGCCGAACGGCCGGCGUGCAGAAUGAAAAUUAUUUUGAUCCAGAAGAAAACGUUUAUCAUGUGGACAGUGAAGAUUCCUUGAUCUCCAGCAAUUUGUGUGGCAAGUCCAAUGAAGAUUACUAUAAGCAAAUAGAGAAUCUGAAAAAUGCACAUGUUCAUGCUAUGGCACAACUAGAGAAUUUGUAUGAGAGUAAACUGCAUGUCAGAAGUGAGAUCAUUGCUUCAAAGGAUCCCUGUGAAACUCCAGUAUGCUUCAGUACAACCUGCAAACCGAGUUCAGAUAAGAAAAAUGAUGACCAUCUUUCUCAUUUGUCUACGGAGGUGGACAGUAUUGUUUCCUUAAACCUAUCGGAAUUGUCCACUGAAGAUCUGAAAGCAGAUGAGGAAAAUUUUAUAUUCCAUGGAAGAGAUCGAAUUCGGGGAAUGUGGGAUGGAUUUUCUUUGGAGAUGUAUGCCACAUGUGAAAAGCCAGAAAAGCGUGGAAGUUCUAAUUUGCAAAGAACAAAAAUAAUUAAAAAGGAGCACAAACACUGGUCACCAAAGAUAACAAUACCAGAACCUUUCCAAAUGACCCUCAGAGACGAUGAAAAGAAGCAGCAAAAGAUCAAGUCUAGAUCGGAAAUGGAAAUAGAGAAUUAUACGCUAAGAAAACAAUUAGAGGAAGAAGCAGAAUGCCAAAAACUAUUCCGUGCUAACCCUGCACCCGCCCACACCUAUAUCCCAUUAAUGGAAGAAAUAAUGGAACGGAAUGAGGAAAGGAGGAAGUUUAUUAAGGCAAGGACCAAAGAGAUUUUACUGGCAAUGCAAAAACCAUUUGCUUUUAUUGAGAGGGAGGAAAAGAAGAAAGAAAUUCAAAACAUGCAAAUAAUCGACCUUGCAUCUUCAGUAAAGAAAACAAAGACAUUUAAAGCAAAACCUGUCCCCAAAUAUCUUCAUGAUCAAAAGAUCAUUGAUAGGAUUGAAGAGGAGGAGCUCUACAGAACAAUAAGGAUGAAAGUGAGAGCUCAAGAAAUGUUAAACAGUGCAUCCCUUCCACAAAGUAUGCUUAAUAAUGCUGUUUUGAAAAGAAGAAAAAAGGUAUGUGAGCCAGAUAAAAAACUGAAAUUCAAACCCCAGAAUAAUGCCAAAGUUCCAGAUUUUCAGAUUUUGCACAGAAAAUCUCAGAGACAACUCAUGAAAAAGAAAUUAAAGUUGGCAACUGUAUGUGAACCCUUCCAACUGCAUACUUCGCAUGUUUUUUCAAAAAACAACGUUAUGAAUGACACAACAGCAGAUGAAACUCGGUUGCAAGAAUGGCCUUGCAGAAAACAGUCAAAAUCACAUAUUAUCAUUACUUUACCUCCAUCGAGAUCUUUGGACUUGGAAAUUAUAAAGAGUACUGAAGCUUCAAAGAAGAAAGAAGCUGUCAGAAAUCACCAAAGAAAAAGGACAACAAACAAUUUUUUAGAGCACGAUGAGAUGCAGGAAAGAGUAAACAGGAGGCCCUUUCUCCUAGAAGUACUGGCACAGAGAAAUGAUGAAAGACCAGCAGAGCGAUACCGUACAGCAGCACAAAACGAACGAAGAUUUAAGAAGGAAUUUGUUUCCUGGCAAAAUCACUCAGUUUUACAGUCAAGUGGUAGAGAGUCUGUGGAAAAUGAAGAUGUAAGCAGUAUAUAUGAAGAAAGUUCUCAAGUGGAAACUGAUGGACUUGACUUUGACUUCCAAGAAGAUAUUGAAGAUAAGGAAUCAAGGGGAGUCGAAGAAAAUGAAGACCAAGAAUCUGAAGCUGAGUGAUUGUAAAAUGGCAAGAAGAUUGAAGAAUUUGACAUGAAUGACUAACUACAUAAAUUAAGAUUUAAAAAAACAGAAUUACAUUUUAUCCCAAUGGGUACUAUUUUUAUGAUUUGAUAUGAUCAAAGAGGCAAAUUGUAGAAUUAAUGAUAGAUUAUUUAAUUUGAUGAUAAAACAGAUCUAUUUUUAAUACUGAAUUUAAGGGGCUUUAAUCAUGUCUGGCAAGUUUGUCUUGUGAUACUGAUGUUAAUGCCGGCAAUAUUUUUUUGCAGCCGAUGUAGAUGCUUGCUAAUACUUUGCUAGUGCUUGCAUGGAAUGUAAUUUAUGCAGAAUAUUAUCCAAUAAUCUCUUUAACUUUAAAACUCUCAUCUUGUAUGUAUGUGUGUAUAUGUGUGUGUCUUUAUAUUUUCGCUAAAACGCUACGCGGUAACAAUAUAUUUUUAACAUAUUCUCUCACAUUUGUCCCCUCUAAGCAGUGAUCAGCUUCACUUAAGAUUUGAUGCGAUAUUUCACGACUUAUCGGUGAUUAAAGUUUUUUUU